AUGGCUCUGAGGUGGCAGGCGAGGCUCUCCAUUGCUGCCAUACUCUUCAUGUGUACGGAAGAUACUCUAAGCUUAGGAGACCGUACGAUAGACAACAUGGAACGGCACGCGAGUCAAGGUAGACCGCGGAAUCAGCUACCGGUGGAUUCUUCAGGUCAGAAAUCUAAAGUCGAGCCGACGUUCGACUACAUGCAGAACACCAACGUGACAGCCCUAAUCGGAAAAACCGCUUAUCUCACGUGUAGGGUUCGCAACCUGGGAGACAAAACCGUAUCCUGGGUCAGGCACAGGGACAUUCACAUUUUAACGGCAGGCGCAUAUACCUAUACGAGCGAUCAACGAUUCCAGGCGCUUCACAGACAAAAUACGGGCCAAAAUAGCGAGUGGUCUGAAUGGACUGUUUGCAUAAAAUGGGCGCAGAAGAGAGACCAGGGACUCUACGAAUGUCAGAUCUCCACGAUUCCCGUCAAGUCACACCAAUUUCGCUUAAACGUCGUCGUACCAACAGCGACGAUACUCGGAGGUCCAGAUCUGUACGUGGGCGCUGGUAGCACGAUAAACCUGACGUGCGCCAUACACUUCAGUUCGGAGCCGCCAGCCUACAUCUUUUGGUACUACAAUGAGAACGUGUUGAGCUACGACAGUCCCAGGGGCGGCGUCUCGGUGAUAACCGAAAAGGGUGGCGACGUCACCACCUCUUGGCUCCUUAUCCAGACGGCGCAACCUUCGGACUCCGGGGAGUACAGCUGCCAGCCCAGCAACGCCAAUACGGCGUCCAUCAAAGUUCAUGUCCUAAAUGGCGAGCGACCAGAGGCGAUGCAGACCGGCACAGCGGGACCUAUUUUAUCCUCGAGCUGCCUUUUGGUGUCUCUGAUCAUUUUGUACAUAUCCUCGGUGUAA